GGCUGUCAUCAUUAAGCAACAACUGACAAUCUAAAGUUGCUUGUAAUCCUUGGGAGUUCGGAAUUAAAAGAAUUUCGUUAUAAGGUGUUUUCUAUUCAAUAACACUUGUUUGUACCGAAUAGUUGAGAAAAUUCUUUAAUUAAAGUAUGCCGGACCAUUUGGGAGAUGAUAUGAGGAAGGUGAAAUCAGAUAAUAAGGAGACUGAGCCAGAAAUCGAAGCACUUGAUGAUGUGGAUAUCGAGCUGUUGAAAACAUAUGGACAAGGGCAGUACCACAAAGCCAUUAAGCAGAUAGAGGAUGACAUCCAGAAAUCAAUAAAACAAGUAAACGAGCUAACUGGUAUAAAAGAAAGUGACACCGGAUUGGCUCCUCCAGCUCUUUGGGAUUUGGCGGCCGACAAGCAAAUUCUUCAAAAUGAACAACCAUUACAGGUCGCCAGAUGCACCAAGAUCAUUAAUGCUGAUUCAGAUGACCCAAAAUAUAUUAUCAAUGUCAAACAAUUUGCAAAAUUCGUGGUGGAUUUGGCAGAUUCUGUGGCGCCAACUGAUAUUGAGGAAGGAAUGCGCGUCGGAGUUGAUCGUAACAAGUAUCAGAUUCACAUUCCGCUUCCUCCUAAAAUCGACCCCACUGUAACAAUGAUGCAAGUUGAGGAGAAACCAGAUGUUACAUAUAGCGAUGUUGGUGGUUGUAAGGAACAAAUAGAAAAGUUACGAGAAGUAGUAGAAACUCCCUUGCUACACCCGGAAAAAUUUGUUAACCUUGGAAUCGAACCACCUAAAGGAGUUCUCUUAUUUGGCCCACCUGGUACAGGAAAAACUCUUUGCGCACGAGCAGUGGCUAACCGCACAGAUGCUUGUUUUAUUCGCGUGAUUGGAUCGGAAUUGGUUCAAAAGUAUGUUGGAGAAGGGGCUCGAAUGGUGCGCGAACUGUUUGAAAUGGCCCGCUCGAAAAAAGCUUGCCUAAUUUUCUUUGAUGAAAUUGACGCUAUUGGUGGUGCUCGCUUUGACGACGGUGCUGGUGGGGACAACGAGGUACAACGGACUAUGUUGGAAUUGAUCAACCAAUUAGAUGGUUUCGAUCCAAGAGGCAACAUUAAAGUACUGAUGGCCACAAAUCGUCCAGAUACUCUAGACCCUGCAUUGAUGCGUCCGGGACGAUUGGAUCGCAAGGUUGAAUUUGGGCUCCCCGACUUGGAAGGAAGAACGCACAUCUUCAAAAUCCACGCUCGAUCUAUGUCUGUUGAGAGAGAUAUCCGUUUUGAGUUGCUUGCGCGUUUAUGCCCUAACUCAACAGGAGCUGAAAUUCGAUCGGUAUGCACGGAAGCAGGAAUGUUUGCAAUUAGAGCCAGGCGCAAAGUCGCAACCGAAAAGGAUUUUUUGGAGGCCGUGAACAAAGUCAUAAAGAGUUAUGCUAAAUUUAGCGCUACACCGAGAUAUAUGACAUAUAAUUAAAUUCUUUGUAUUAAUCUGCUUUGUAAUGUCUCAUUUAGGCUAUCAUAUAAAAAUAAAAUGGUUGAUAUCGAA